AUGGACGACCCAGAUGAGCGGCCGUUAUUCGAGCACCUAUGCGAGGGCAAGCCGAUCACGCUCUUAGAAGGGUCACAAGUCGAGCCUAAUAUGACGCCAGAAAGCCGCCUCAUUCGGCGCCAAGUGGCCAAUACGAGGCAUGCAAUCGCUUAUCUGAUGGAACGUGGCUACAAGUGGCUGCUCCAUAUCGACCUGGAUGAGUUGCUCUAUGGACCUCUAGUCGAGUCACUUGCCUGGGCUAGAGACCCUGAGGUAGGCCUCGUGACUUUCAUCAAUCAUGAGGCGCUUCCAGUCGGCUUCGAGACCUCAGAUCCGUUUAGAGACUGCGUGUACUUUUGGGUGAACGGGGUAGAUCAAAACGCUAAAUUUACCGCGUACGGCAAUGGCAAGAGUGCAGUCCGCCUCAGGCCUGGCGUCGAGCCAAGAGGACCCCAUUCGUUCUCUGGCCAGGCUGGCCGCACAUUCACACCUUCGGGUGAAGAGGCGAUGAUAUUGCACUACCCGUACCCCUCGUACAACAGCUGGCUCCGCAAAUUCAAUUAUUACAGCGGAUUUUCUGACCACUGGUUCGGCGACCGCCAGGCGCCCAAAAUCAUGGACUUCAUGUUGCAAUCGCGGGAUGUGGUCCAGAUGGCCCACAAGACGGAUGACUGGGCCAGUGCCAGGGCCUUCUUCUCCGGGCGAGUCCUUGAUCCAAAGUCGAUGAACGAGGCCAUUUCCCAUGGCAAGAUACGUCAAUACAUGCCGUUCGCGAAUCUUGAAAAGGACUGA